AAUAGAGAUGAGCAAUAAGAGGAAAGUUAUGAAUCUUAACUCACUUCUGAUCGGAGCAGAUGAUAAAGUUAGCAAGUCUGUCUCAAGACCCAACUCUGCAUUUACAAAGCCAACUAUGAACAAGUUGUCUGCUUUCGAAACUCUUCAAAAGAAAGAAGACUCUAAAAUAUUCAGCAAUAUUGAUCAGAAGCCAAAACAAUCACAAAACAAGGUGACCCUGGGACUCUCCAAGCUUUUCGACAAAGCCGAGUGAAUGGAUAAAAGCACUGACAAAGCAGGAGAUGCAAUUAUGCAGCAGAAUGAGUUUAAUGGGGCCCGUAGGCCGCAAACUGCUUCACACCACAAAAGAGCAUCCAAAUUCUCCCAGAAAGUGACGGUCAGCGACGACGCCUCAAUGGACAGCGAGAGCCAGUCUGAGUAUAGCAGCAGCUCAGAAAGCGACGAAGACAUGCAGGAAGAAACAAAAGCUUCUCCCAAUGCGAAUAUGGAGAGAAUGGAUACCAAAAGUCCUGCUGUCCACAAAAGAGGCAAAAACAAAAAGUGGAACCAUGGCCGCGUCGAGGUGGUGUCGACUUCACAGCCAACAAUCACUCCACAGAUGAAAAAGCGAUCCAUUGCCAAUCUCCAGAACAGGAACCAUGGAGCCCAUGGAGCGUCCGAUUUGGAUCAAUUUCAGAUGAAAAGAAUUGAACUUUCUAAAGGAGAUGGUAAAGCGAAGCCUGGCCGUAAAAAGAACUUGUUGAUGACUCCAUCGCAGACACUGGUGCCUUCUCGAAAGUUGCUCCGGAUGAAGACAGUUGGUGUCCUCAACUCUAUUACUACCAGUCGAGUCAAAGAAGAGCACGACGUCCAGAACCUCAAACCAUCAUCCGAGUUCUUUAGUCAAGACCGCAUGACUUAUGUCAACCAGCUAAGAGGAGAUUUCAAUGCCAUGAAGCUGUGGAAGAAGAGCUUUGCAGACGCCAUCAACGAAAUCAAGAUCGACAACAAAGAAAUUCUGGACCGCAUCAACCCUAAGUUCAAGAGACGCUUCGUGCAGGCUCCAGGGAUCAAAACCAAAACAAUCGUGUUCGGACUAGACGGAGUGCUCGUCAAAACCAACUUUGAGAAAGAUCACGAAGACUGGAAACCGACUACUCUCAUCCUUAACGAGGACACAGGAGCUAAAAUUAAAAUCUUUGUUUCUAUUCGGCCAUAUGUUGUAAACACUUUGAAGCAGUUGAGAAGAGCCGGAGCUGAAAUAAUCUUGUACAGCACUUCCAAAUACAAUUACACAAGCGCCAUUCUAGAUGUUCUCAACAAACAAAGGAUUGAGUUCCACCACAUCAUUACUGCAGAAGACCACGAAGAAGCUUUAUGGACACCAGAGAACCCAUCUCGCAAGAUUGUAAAAUCUAAAUAACAUCAACUUGCUUCUGCAGAACCGCAAAGAGCGAGAUGUCAUCUUUGUAGACUGCAAAGUAGAAGAAUAUGCUUACAAAAUUACAAAUGGAAUCUAUGUUCCACCGUACGAAGGGCCUCCAACUGCAGCCGAGACUCAAGGAGAUGACUUCUUCAUAGUUCGAGCAAGAGUUCGAUGUACGCAACAAAAUCGACAAAGACUUCAAGCUCAAAGAGUUGUUCAAUCAGAGUUUCAAAAACCCGGCGUUAGAUUAAAACUCAAAAGCAUCCAGGCGCAGUCUCAGAACACUCGCGAGGAGUUCAAAUGAUCGACUCCGAAGCAGCAGACUUCAUUCCGGCGGAACAGUCGCAUCCUUCAUGACAAAGAGGAACUCAAGAAACUUGCUCAGUUCCAGCCGGAAAUCAGGAUGGAACCUAUUUCAGAAUUUCCGGAGCCAGCAGAGUAAUGGUUGGAUGAUCCAAGUCUGAGCUUAUUAGCAGAAAAAUUUAUUA